AUGGCCAUCCUGAUGGAUACUUGGUUUAAGAAUCAGCGUGUCAAAUGGAGGAAGCGGGAGCAGCAAACUGGGGAGAAUCUGUCACUAGAAGACCCACAACAGGUCAGUUCAGUGGAGGAGGAAGAGGCCUCCUCACCUGCCACUUCAGCAAACAGUCGUCCCACAGAUCUCAGCAUCUCAGAUGCCUCUGACCAUGAACCACCUAAGCCUGGUAUUGAGCAACCUCAGGCGGCCGGUGCUACUCCGUGCAGUUCAUCUUGUGGGCUGCUGCCUGAUGAUCUCCAACAGAUAAAUUUCAGAGACUUUGACCUUCCUUGGGCCUCCACUCCUUAUGACUUGGAUCAGUUUAUACAAUUAUAUGCCUUACCUGGGGGUGAUGGUCCCUGGAGUCUGGAUCACGACCUCUUCCCAGAGUGCUCCGAUUGAGGGAGUAUGACGGGCAUUGAUCUUCAGUGUGAUGUCUAGAUCCUGAGAAAGUUCUGUGACCCAAAUAUUGACCAACUGAGAGACAUUUCCAAACACCUUUAAUAGGUCCAUGUCAGUUUAAACAGGUCACA